AGACUUCCUCAUAACACACACUUAACACAGACAGACAGACAGACAGACAGAACUCUACUGCAGGUAACUCAACUCUCUCUCUGAGGACCUGAGGACUGUCGGAUCAGGGAUUUUUCUACAUUUAUCACACAAUUCAGAUUUUCAGCGAUGUCGGACCAGCUGACGUUCGCCAUGGAGAACCGUGAGCGGAUCCUGGCGGUGGAGAACUCGUUCGGUCCCUCUGGGAAGUCUCUGCUGGAGCCGGGCCGCAUUCUGGUGGGGGAGGGUCGCCUGAUGAAGCUCUGCAGGCGGCGUCCCCAGCCCAAAGUCUUCUUCCUCUUCAACGACAUCCUGGUUUACGGCAGCAUCGUGAUGGCGGGCCGCUGGAACAAGAACCAGCACAUCGUCCGGCUGGAGGAGGUUCAGCAGGAGGAUCUGGAGGACAGCGUGGACAUGAGCAACCAGUGGCUCAUCAAGACACCCAGGAAGUCCUUCUACGUAGGCGCGGCUUCCGCGGAAGAGAAGCAGGCCUGGAUGGAGCACAUCGAGAACUGCAGGAGCCAGCAGCUGCAGCGCCUGGGCCUUCCGGCUAACGCGCCGGCCAUCAAAGACUUCGCAGCAACGUGGAUCCCGGACAACGCCUCCGCCAUCUGCAUGCGCUGCUCCGAGCGCUUCAGCAUGGCCCACCGGAGGCACCACUGCAGGCGCUGCGGCUUCAUCGUCUGCAACUCCUGCUCCAAAGCACGCGCCGUGCUCAGACACAUCUCUUCCAAGCCCGUACGGGUGUGCAUGCUCUGCAAGGUCAACCUGGAGUGUCAGGAGCGGCUGCAGCGGCAGAUGAAGAACCAGGGACGCAACCAGCCGGGGAAAGACUGGAAAACCAGGUCCAGCGACAACAUUCCCGAAUACGAGACCUCAAGUGAAGAAGAUACAGACGAAUCAGUGGAGAACAAUUCGCCAACUCAGUGGUUCAACAGCCAGGACAACUGUUCUCCCUACUGCUACUUCAACCCAGACCACGUUAAACCACCACGGUUCUAGAGGACGUCAGAACCUUAAACUAAUCAAAGACAGCUGUUCUGGGGUCAGAAACACAUUAUGAUUCAUGAAGAAAGACAUUUUUAUUGUGUAUUUUAACAAAGUUAGUGCUGCUUCCCAACCUCUGGCCUGCAGUGAUACUGAUGUGAAAAACAAACACAUAUCUGCUCAUGAACCCUUCAUACUGACGGAACUGGUUCUACUGCAGGAACUGACUUACACUUGAACAAAGUAUUCAACACUAGAGUCUCUGCUGUUAAACAUUAAUAUGAAGACUUUCUGUACUGGAAAUGUACUUUCUGCAAACUCUUUUUGUGAAUAAAUAUGUAUUAUUUAUUAUAUAAUCUACUGUAAACAGUCACCUUAUAUAAAGUAUCAAUUUAUUUAACACUUAUUAUGUUUAACCAUGUAAACCAAUAUGGGUGAACAGAUCAACACUGCACUUUAAUAUUGAAAGACUAAUAAAUGUGGUUAUUAAAGGAU